CUCUAUAGAUGUGAUCACAAUGAAGGCCCUAAAUAUACAGCAGAUAGAAUAUGUGGCUAUGAGAAGUGUCCAUGAACAGGUUAAUAUUGAAUGAUCUUUGCUGAUCUGCCCUGCCCUGUGGUGACAAGUAUAAACCCGCCCUCUGGUUUCCGAGUGGAGAGAAUUGUAGUUUCGUUUCUCUCUUCCUCUGUCGGCCAUGGCGUCUUCUGCUCUGAGAGACGAGCUGGACUGUUCCAUCUGUCUGAUCACUUAUACAGAUCCUGUAAUGCUGAGAUGUGGACACAACUUCUGCCGGGUCUGUAUUGAUCGUGUGCUGGAUACACAGGACCAGUCUGGACUUUAUUCCUGUCCUGAAUGUAGAGAAGAGUUUCAGGAGCGGCCGACACUGAUGAGGGACAUCGCUCUGAGGAAAAUAAUGGAGAACUUCCUGGUUACUGAUCCAACACCGACAGAACCCGGGAUCUUCUGCACUUACUGUGUGGACUCUCCUGUCCCUGCUGUGAUAUCCUGUCUGCUGUGUGAGGCUUCUCUGUGUGAUAAACAUCUGAGAACUCACAACAAGUCACCAGAACACGUCUUAUCUGAGCCCAGAACUUCUCUGGAGAACAGGAAAUGUUCUGUCCAUAAGAAGGUCCUGGAAUAUUACUGCGCUGAGGACGCUGCUUGUAUCUGUGUGUCCUGCACUUUGGUCGGAGAACAUCGGGGACACCAGGUGGAGAUGAUGGAUGAGGCCUCUGAGAAGAAGAAGAAGAAACUGAGAAAUGUUCUCCAGAAACUGAUCACAAAGAGAGAGAAGACUGAGGAAAGAGUCCGGAGUCUGGAGGAACGCAGGAGAAAAGCUCAAGAGAAAUCAUCUGGAGAAGCGGAGAGAGUCACUGCCCUGUUUAUAGACAUGAGGAGACGGCUGGACGACCUGGAGAAGAAGGUCCUGAGUGAGAUCUCCAGGCAGGAGAAGGAAGAGUCACUGUCACUGUCUGCUCUGAUCCAUCAGCUGGAAAUAAAGAAGGACGAGCUGUCCAGGAAGAUGAGACACAUUGAGGAGCUGUGCAACAUGGCGGAUCCACUGACUGUCUUACAGGAUCCAGACACAGGUGACUUGUGUGAUCCUGAGGAGGGGGGAGGGGAUGAGGACACAAGGGGACAUGAUAAGACACAUGAUGUAGAUGAUCUGGAUGUGACUGUGAUCUCAGACACAUUCCGCACAUUAUGUGACAUAAUAUCAGGUAUAAGGAUCUAUGGGGAGGGUCCUGCAGACAUAUUACUGGAUGUAAACACGGCUCAGAAUUAUCUCCUUAUAUCAGACGACCUGAAAACUGCAACAUGGACAGAAAUAACACAGAAUCGUCCAGAAACAGCAGAGAGAUUCCAGGAUUAUCCUCAGGUCUUUGCAUCUCAGACAACUGAAGACUAAUUAUCCUAUAGGGCACACAGUGGAGAUGGUUCUUUCUUCUUUUUUUCUGUUAUUUAUACUAAUCAAUUUUGCUAUGGCCAAUAUUGGCAAUUACUAGUAUGUGGCUGACUUUAUAUUAGUACAUGUGGACUCUGCUCGCUUCUUAUCAGUGUUUUUAUACCCAGCGUGGUUAAUGGUGCGGUGCAUUAAUAUUGCACGCAUUUUGGAUUAUACCAUUGAGGUAUAGAAGCGUUAAUUAGAUAUGGGGGGGGGGGGGA